UAUGCCAUGGAACGCAGCAAAUUAUCACUUUGUUGUGUUGAAAACUGGAGUUUGUUGGGAACUGUUUUGUUUAGAUAUUUUGUAGCUUGUGUUAACAAUAAGCAGCUCGGUGUUUACAUAGCAUACGUAAAUGUAAUUGAAUAGCAGAAUGGAAUUUGCAGUCGUGCCUGAAACAUAACAAAAACAAAGUUAGUUGUAAAUAUUAGUAAUCUAGGAAGACACCAGCAGGGAAUGUAAUGUUAACAUUAACAUCGCUGAGAUUUAUCUUACAGAAGAAUCGUCUUCCGCUAUUUCCACCUGAUAAUAUGUGUUAUUAAAACCGGAAAACAUAACGACAAUAUAAAAAAUGGGUUAGAUGAUUCCAUAGAUGAGGUGGUACCCAACGUGAGUUUGUCGCCGCGAGGCGUCUUCGGGAUCACUAUGUAGAGAUUCUCAACAAGAAUUGCCGCAAUGAAAUGACAUUGAAUUUCCAAAUACUUUGUUCUCACGUACAACCAACGCUGUUACCUUAAAAUGCUUCGCACAAUUGGCAAACAGACAGACGUUGCAAGCCACUGAUACUGUGUACGGGAAACGCUGUGCAAUGCAUUGGACCGUACCUACUCACAGGAACUUCCGUACAAGGAAUGAAAAUAUAAAUAGAGUGGUCAUAGUCCGUCUGUAGUUGAGAUAUUUCUAUUAAAUGCGUCAAACUCAUUGUACAUACAGCUGCUAGUACAUUUCAGAACUGAGGGUCACAGCACAGCAGUUAAAAGCUCAUUUUGUGUCAGUGGAAUGUAAUUCUUCACUUUGGUAGAUUUGUCGACUGAAUCAGCAUCUGCACGACUGGCGCUUCGUGUGACGUUCCAGACAAUAGGUUUGGCAAUGUGAACUGUUGAUUUGUGCAGAGGUAACUGAACAGAAAAAGUGUUGAAGAGAAGAGCAUCACCUCAGCAGGGAAAUCGCUGAAGAUGAAUAUGUUCCAGGCAAUUAACAAUGCAAUGGAUAUAACACUCGAUAAGGAUCCCUCUGCAGUUGUGUUUGGAGAAGAUGUUGCAUUUGGUGGAGUGUUUCGCUGCACACUGGACCUACAAAAAAAGUAUGGCAAAGAUAGAGUAUUCAACACUCCUCUCUGUGAACAGGGCAUUGUAGGCUUUGGAAUAGGUCUUGCAAAUGUUGGUGCAACAGCAAUUGCAGAAAUACAGUUUGCUGACUACAUCCUUCCCGCUUUUGAUCAGAUAGUAAAUGAGGCUGCAAAGUGUCGGUAUCGCAGUGGCAAUCAGUUCCACUGUGGCAGUCUUACUAUAAGAACACCUUGCGGAGCUGUUGGACAUGGUGGACUUUAUCAUUCCCAAAGCCCAGAGGCAUUCUUCGCACAUGCACCAGGACUUAAGGUGGUGGUGCCACGGGGAGCAGCGAAGGCUAAAGGUUUGUUGGCGUCCUGCAUAAGAGACAAUGAUCCAUGCAUCUUUCUGGAACCCAAGGUGCUAUAUCGGUCAGCAGUUGAAGAUGUGCCAGUUGAUGAGUACCUGCUUCCUCUGGGGAAGGCAGAUAUUGUGUUGGAAGGGGAUGCAGUGACUCUAAUUGGAUGGGGUACUCAGAUACAUGUUCUGAGGGAGACAGCUGAAAUAGCAAAGAAAACAAUGAAUGUGAACUGUGAAGUCAUUGACUUAGUUUCCAUUCUUCCUUGGGAUGUGGACACAGUAAGCAAGUCUGUGAAGAAAACAGGCCGUGUGGUUAUUGCACAUGAAGCUCCACUGACAUGUGGCUUUGGUGCUGAAGUAGCUGCAACAAUACAGGAAGAGUGUUUUCUACAUCUGGAAGCACCGGUACAAAGGGUCACAGGCUUUGAUACACCAUUUCCAUGUAUCUUUGAGCCUUUUUACAUUCCCACAAAAUGGCGCUGCCUGGAAGCAGUACAAGCUGUCCUCAAAUAUUAAUGUUACUGUUUCUUCACCAGAAAAGGGGUAUUCAUUGGCAAAACUGCGUUAAAGUUCUUAUUGUUAUCUCUGUUUUCAGUGCAUAUCUUUCAUAUAAUGAAUACAUGAAAUAUAGAAAUUCUGAGCUCUAAAAUUAGCUUGUAAACUAGAUGUUAAUUGUGUCCAUUUUAAAUUAUAUAUUUGUACUGUUGUUGUCACUGAAACUUUUAUAUGAAUUUAUUACUCCAAUAAAAUAAAAACUCCAUAA